AUGGCCACUGUACAGUUGCAGAGGACUUCCAUGAGCACAUUGGUAUUUCCCAAUAAAAUAUCAACUGAGCAGCAGUCUUUGGUGUUAGUGAAGAGGCUCCUAGCAGUUUCAGUAUCCUGCAUCACGUAUUUGAGAGGAAUAUUUCCAGAGUGUGCUUAUGGAACAAGAUAUCUAGAUGAUCUUUGUGUCAAAAUUCUCAGAGAAGAUAAAAAUUGUCCAGGAUCUACACAGUUAGUGAAAUGGAUGCUAGGGUGCUAUGAUGCUUUACAGAAAAAAUAUCUAAGGAUGGUCAUUUUAGCUGUGUACACCAAUCCAGAAGACCCUCAGACAAUUUCAGAAUAUUACCAGUUUAAAUUCAAGUACACCAAAAAUGGACCAAUAAUGGACUUUGUAAGUAAAAAUCAAAGCAGUGAAUCUAGUAUGUCAUCUGCUGACACCAAGAAAGCAAGUAUUCUCCUCAUCCGAAAGAUUUAUAUUCUAAUGCAAAAUCUGGGACCUUUACCAAAUGAUGUUUGCUUGACCAUGAAACUGUUUUACUAUGAUGAAGUUACACCCCCAGAUUACCAACCUCCUGGUUUUAAGGAUGGUGAUUGUGAAGGACUCAUAUUUGAAGGAGACCCUAUGUACUUAAAUGUAGGAGAAGUCCCAACACCUUUUCAUACCUUCAAAGUAAAAGUGACCACUGAGAAAGAACGAAUGGAAAAUAUUGAUUCAACUAUGAUAUUUUCAAAAGAAUUAAAAACACCUCUUGAGAAAAUGCUGGUGGAUAAAGAUGCAGAAGAUGAACGGGAGCAGUAUAUAAGUGAUGAUUUUGACUUUGAAACUAAAAUGGAAGAACAGAAAAAAAACCCAAGAGCUUCUAAAAUGGGAGAACCAAAUUUAAUUAUUGAGGAAGAUGAAGUCAUGAGGUGUAAAGAAAGUCCAAAUCUUUCAAUUUCUCAUUCUCAGGUUGAGGAGUUAGUCAAUGAAACAUCUGAACUUGAUGUUUCUGAAAGCAAAACACGAAGUGGAAAAGUCUUUCAAAAUAAAAUGGCACAUGGAAACCAACCAGUUAAAUCUAAAGAAACUAGAAAGAGAGCUCAAGCUGCAUCUGGGAAAAGAGUCUUCCAUCACUUUGAUUUUUCUAGUCAAGAGUCUGUGCCAAAAAGGAGAAAGUUCAGUGAACCAAAGGAGCAUGUGUAA